UCUGCCUCCCAAUCCCAAACCCGGAAGGAAAAGGGCCCCGAUACAUAUCCUCUCCGACCUCAGUCUCUCUGUUUCUGCAACCAGUAAAAAAAAAAAAAAGAAAAAAUCUUACCGCAUAAUCAAAAUCCGAAGAUCAAUCUUCGAAAUUUCGAGUAAUAAUCUCUUCGUACGAGCUCAACGGGGAUGCAUUUGUGAACUGCGAUGCGAAGUAUGUGAUCGAUCUCUUGGAUUCGCUCGAUCGAGCUCGAUUGUGGCGGUCAAUGGAGCAUUGAAGUUAAUGGUGUAGAGUUGUUUUCCAUACAACGUUGGCAGCUUGAGCUUGGCAAUGUUCUUCGCUAGUUUCGAUGUGAAUUUGCUGUGGAUUGAGGUUGAACGAGCUCAUUCAUGUACUAGAUGACAUUAACUGGUUAAAAGAGUUAGGUUAGAAGUGGUGUAUUUGCAGAUUUUCGGUUCUGGAAGAGGAAAAUAUGUGCUAUUCCUCCUGCAGAUUGAAGGGUUGUCUUUAUAUCAGGCCGUCAAUACUACCAGUCUCUUUGAAUUUGGUUGACAGGGAGGGUCCCGAUGACAGCUGAUGGCAAUGGGGCCAAAGACUUACUGGAACCUAAUCACUCUUCAAUAGAUGGGAACGAGAGAGUUAAUGAGAACAUUGUAGGAGAUGAACAGCACAUGCCGAAAGAAAAUGGGUUGACUUCUAACGGGGAUCUCAGUGACCUGAGAGAUGGACUGUCAGGGCCUGCUCAGAACCCGGCCGUGCAGCAGCAGCCUCCAGGUGCCACUGUCCAUUGGGAAAGGUUUCUCCAUCUCAGAUCCCUCAAGGUUCUGCUGGUGGAGAAUGAUGAUUCCACUCGACAUGUGGUCUCAGCUCUGCUUCGGAACUGUAGCUAUGAAGUGAUUGAAGCCUCUAAUGCAUUACAAGCAUGGAAGAUCCUGGAAGAUCUAACAAAUCAUAUUGAUCUUGUGUUGACUGAGGUGUCCUUGCCUUCUUUAUCUGGAAUUGUUCUCCUAUCCAAGAUAAUGAGCCAUAAAACACGGAAGAACGUGCCUGUCAUCAUGAUGUCAUCGCAUGGUUCAAUGGGAUUAGUCUUCAAGUGCUUGUCCAAAGGUGCUGUUGACUUCCUGGUAAAACCAAUACGAAAAAAUGAACUAAAGAACCUUUGGCAGCAUGUUUGGAGAAGAUGCCACAGUUCUAGUGGAAGCGGCAGUGAAAGUGGCACACAGACUCAGAAGUCUGUAAGAUCAAAAAAUAUAGAAAGGUCAGGCAACAACUCUGGCAGUAAUGAUGAGGAUGACAAUGACAGCACUGGUUUGAAUAUGGAGGAUGGAAGUGACAUUGGGAGUGGCACUCAGAGUUCCUGGACAAAACAAGCUGCAGAAAUUGACAGUCCCCAGCCACCAUCUUCAUGGAACCAUGUGGUGGAAUGUGCUGACAGCACUUGCGCUCAAGUCAUCCACUCGAAUGCAGAAAUAUCUCAGAACAAACAGGUCCCAGCAAUCACUGUUGGAAAAUGCAAAGAACUUGAUGAACAACCAGGGAAUGCUGUGGUGGGAAGAGAAAUUGAGCUAGGUUUGGCUGGAAAUCAAACUGAGCAUCCAAUGGAUGUUUCACUCAAUACUAAGGGUUCCAAACAAAAUAAUCCACUCGAGGAAUUGGACAAGGCGAAGCUUUCCCUCUUUAGUGGGAGUUCAUCUAGCAAAGUGAAAAAUGAGACUGCAUGCUUGACAGGCACCAUCAUUAAUACUGGUUCCCAAACAGAAACCAGAGAGUUUGAAGGGCCAAAUAGGAUCUCCAGUGUCUCAGAUAUAAACAAUACACAAAGCAACAAUGCUGAAAAUUUACCAUCUGUUGAGCUCAGCUUAAAGAGACUCAGAGCUGUUAAAGAGUUGGGGACAACUUCUAAGGAUGACCGAAAUGUAUUAAGACGUUCAGACUCUUCAGCCUUCUCUAGAUAUAAUACCAACUCAAACAUGCAGAAAAGCCCUUCCGGGACCAGUGGAAGUGGUUUGCCAAACGAAAAUGACUUGAAAGCUAAGGAAAAAGAUUUGGGACGAGAGAAACAUUCUCAUUCAAAUGUUGAACGUCCAAAUCAAUGCUCGAACUGGGGCAGCAAUAAUACUGAUAUGGGUUCGACCACUAAUGGACCUGGAGCCAAGUUUUCCUUAGUAAGAAGCAAUUCAGUCAAAGCAUCGACAGUCAAAUGCUUACACCCAUCUUCUUUACACCCUCUACAAGCUGACAUGGCAUUUCCCCCUCAACAAAAUGCCCAUGAAAAAACUGAUGAGAGGGGUGGAACAACAGUGGCUCAAGUAAGAGGGAUGCAACCCAAACUUCAAGUGCAAGAUCUCCAUCACAAUCAUGAAAAGCCAGUCCCGUCAGAUCACGAUGAUUUAUCCCUGAAAUUGCUGGCUGCUCCUGCUCCACAUUGUGGUUCCUCUAAUCUGUUGGGUGGACCCAUUGAAGGUAAUGCUGGAAAUUAUAGUGUUAAUGGAAGUGCCUCAGGAAGUAAUCAUGGGAGUAAUGGACCGAAUGGGAGCAGUGUUGCUGCAAAUCCCGGAGGAAUGAAUAUGGAAAGCGAUAAUGGGAAUGCUGGGAAAAGCGGUAGUACCAAUGCUAGUAGGAGUGGAAGUGGGAGUGGAGGGACUGAGAACAAUAGAAUGGAGCAGAGCAAGUUUGCGCAGAGAGAAGCUGCCUUGACAAAGUUCCGUCAAAAGAGGAGCGAGAGGUGCUUCCGGAAAAAGGUCCGGUACCAGAGUAGGAAGAGACUUGCAGAGCAACGGCCCCGUGUCCGGGGCCAAUUCGUGAGGAAAUCGGCAGACGAGAACACAAGCGAAGCUACAAGCAGCUGAUUCUUCUCCAACCAUCGGAGCCGUUCUGCCACUGCUAAUAUAAUGUAACUAUUCUCGACCGCUUGCUUUUGCAUCAAAGGCUUUUUCAUGUUUUAUUAUCUGGAAUGUCUGUGGGCUAUGGGACGGACCUUUGUCGAUUUGCUGUGUCUAUAUAUGCGCUCUCCUUGCCCUCUUCGAGAAGGGAAUUUCUGGACAUCAUUGAUGUUUCCUAAUUUAUCACUUCGUGUCAAACUUCAAACUUUUCUCGAGGUUGCUGUGCGUGUCAGAGGUUUUUGUAAGUCAAAUUUUACUGGGUGGUCUCUAACGUUCUCUUGAUGUUAUUUAGAGUGAAAUAUAUUUCUUGUCUUCAAUCUUUC